AUGUCGGCGGCCUCUCUAUUCGUCGCCCCCGUCGAGUCGGACAUUCCUUCUCAGCUCGGCGACAAGUCUGAAUCCGCACGCCAUGCGCGCUCCUCCAUUCGCCGCGCACGCCGCAACCUGGAUUCCCGCCCCUUCCGACGCCGCGCCGCAUUGCUCCGCGAUAACUUCCCCACUCCCGGACCUGAACCCGUCCCGCGCGCUCGCUACCCGUGGAUUGAGUCUGGCCAUCUGCCGCCGCCUGAGGCUUACCAUGCCGCCCCCCCACGGACGAUGCCGCCUGCAGAACCGGAUCGGGGUGCUCCUACUCCCGAGAGCACCGAACUGCGUGAUGCACUGCGUGAGAUGAGGAGUCGGGUUGGGGAAAGGGGACCUGAAGCUAGCCAGGCUCGGUUGAUCUCCCUCUUGGGCGAACGCUGGGCCUUGGAGCACUCGCCUCAGCCCUCCCGGAUCAACGCCACUCCUGCGGUUGGUGAAGAGCAACCCAGCUGGCAGGAACCCGAAAGGCCUCAGGUCGACGGUAUUGCUCUCUAUCCUUACGUGCCAUCUGGUCGACGGUUCCGUCGCGCGCAGAUUGAUCGCAUGUCGAUGCCCGCUCCGCCAGUUGCGGCCCGUUUCGACCGCAGCCCCGAGCACUCGGUUUCCGCCAGGUUCUCUGGAGGAAGACCGCGUGUGGAGGCACGAACACUACCCCCGACCUUGCAUCAGCGCAUCCGCCGGAUACGCCCUUCUGGACAAUCAAAUGAGUCGUCUUUGACCGACGGCCUCGGCGACCGCGACCGAAGCCUCAGCCCCGACGAAGAUGGCGUGUGGGACACGCUGCUAACUACUUUGACGCCGGACCCGCAGCCCCCGAGCGCUGGAUCGUCAUUUGCCUCGGCGUCGGCUUCCGCAUCGGCCUCUACAUCGCAGUCACAGAGCGCCGCAGCAUCAUCGCGCACUUCUCUUACGGGGCCUGAGAUGGCGGAAGAACCUCUUGAGCAGCCCUGUGAAUCUGGCCUCGAUAAUUCGGACGACGAAGGCCAGGAAGAUUUGCGCAUGGGCCGGGGCUGGCCGGAUCACUGGACGAUGAACUAUCCUUCGAGACACCGUCGCUUCGUUGCUGAUCUAGACGCGAACGAUCCGAGCCGACUGUCAUACAUGCGAGAUGAUUCAUCGCACAGGCAUGCAGACAGAGCUCCUGCUGCCCGCAAUGCGCAAGACGACGAAGAAAUGCGAACUCGCCGACGACUCGAGCUUCUUCGACAUUAUCGGAUUGCCACUCGCGACCCCACCCCGCUUCCGGAGCUGCUGGGCCACAUUGUACGGGACUCGAGCGAAGAGGCAGGAGGUACGGGCGGUCAGGGUGAUACCAACGGUGACGACGACGACGAUACCCCCUCAAGCCAUAACCACGCAUCCAACGACAAUGCUUUGCAUGGAAUGCAGAUGAUUGUUCGAAACCUCGCACGACGGGAAGACAUUCCCGAUGAGUGGUGGGCUGGUGCCGGGCUUAGCCGGACUUUGCCCGAGGAGUCAUGA